AGACUCCGGCAAGAAAACCACGAGUGAUCUAACUUUUUAAAGAAGAAACAAGUUACCUCCUGAGAAUAUCUUACCUCAGCAACCCAUCGAAGCUACUUUUUCCAAACAUUUUUGUAUAUCUUGAAUCUUUGGACCUAGACAACAUACUAUUUAAAAGUUGUAAUUUUCUAUUUCAAAAAUGUUUCCCGAGACUAACAAAGGCUAUAGCUAUGAUGACUGCAAAGGCACAGCUGAUUGGCUGCUGGCCCAGACCGACGUUCGUCCCACCAUUGGCAUCGUGUGCGGCUCUGGGCUCGGGGGGCUGGCGGACAUGUUGAAAGAUCAGGUGGCAUUCAACUAUAAGGACAUCCCCAACUUCCCCCAAAGCACGGUUCAUGGACAUGCGGGGAGAUUGGUGUUUGGCACAUUAAAAGGAAGGCCCUGUGUCUGUAUGCAAGGACGAUUCCACCUGUACGAAGGUUACUCUGCUCAGAAGAUUACACUUCCAAUGCGUAUCUUCAAACUGCUUGGUGUAGAAACGGUUAUUCUCACAAAUGCAGCUGGUGGACUCAAUGAAGAUUUUAAAGUUGGAGAUGUUAUGAUUAUAAAGGACCACAUCAACAUCCCUGGUUUUACUGGCCUCAACCCACUUGUUGGACCCAAUGAUGACAAGUUUGGUGUUCGUUUUCCCUGCAUGUCCGAUGCUUACGACCGUGAGCUGAGGCAGUUGGCCAUGGACGUGGCUCAGGAGCUGGGAUAUGAGGACUUCAUGAAGGAGGGGGUCUACUGCAUCCUGGGGGGUCCUUCUUUUGAGACCAUCGCUGAGUGCAGAAUGCUCUACAGACUGGGAGCUGAUGCUGUUGGUAUGAGUACUGCUCCGGAGGUGAUAGUGGCCCGGCACUGUGGUAUGCGUGUAUUUGCUCUUUCGCUGAUCACAAACCAAGCCGUGAUGGAUUACGAUAGUGAAGAAAAAGCCAACCAUGAGGAGGUUCUUCAAACAGGAAAGCAUCGGGCAGAGCAACUGGAGAGGCUGGUGUCUACAAUGGUGACCCGGAUCGAGCAUAACAACAACUACGCCUAAAAAACACUUGCAAUGCAAAAGUAUAAUAUACAGAAAUGUGUAAAUGUUUUAAGGAGGUGAAGAGGAAUUUGGUAAUGACAAAAAGUGAUCCAGUGUUAGUAAUAAGGCAAAAAUACAGUAUCCAAUAUGUUUUAGAAUGAUGGAGUGAGUACAUUUUCCAUAGCAAUAGACAAUUCAAAUAUUAUAUCUUAUGAUUUUGAAAUACAGUCAAAAGAUACUGACUUGACUCAUCAAAAGAAAAAACAUUCACUAUGGUGGGUUCGUAUAUAAUAAUAAAAGUGAGCUUUUCAGCAAUGUUUUGGCUUGUAGACAGAUUUCUAGCAUUAUUUUGAAUAUUUUUAAGACGCCAAUCUUAAAUGGUAUUGUGGCUCCUAAAAAAGCUUAUAUUGUAGCUUUUGUUAUCAUGGCGAGAUAGGACUAGUUCCUUGGUAGAGGUCUGGACUUUUUCAUAGCCCUCAGCUUUAUCUUUUCGUUCCAAGUCAUAUUGAUAAUCUACCUCACCUAUGAUGUCUGCACAUUUCUGUAUUUUGAAAACCUGUAAAUAUAUAAAUAAGACCCCAUUUAACACUAUUUAUCCAUUUAACCUUAAGAUGUAAUUGGGCUGUUUUUUUUUGUCUUAGGUCGAAUUUUUUUAUGUUAUUUGAGAAAUCUUAAACCAAAUCACCUUGUAACAUUCCUGUAACUUUGGAUUUGGAACUUUUUUUUUGUACUUUUUAAAUUUAUUUGUGCUAACUUAAACUAUUUGAUCAGUGUAUAAACAAUAACUUAAUAAUGAAUGCCAUUUUCUGUGAAGAUUUGCUAUGUUUUGGCAUUAUUGAAGUGGUUUUAUAUUUGAAUCUUGUUACUAAAACCUAUUUAUUACAAUAUU